AUGAUGCAGUUUGGACCCUUCAAGCCUGGCGGAAGUGCGUCUCAUGCUCAAGUUUCAUAUGGUUCUUCGAGUUCAGAUGAGCAAGACUUUGAAAACAGUGUCUCUAGAGUGACACAUGAUACGUCAUCUAAGACUGCUCAAGUUGCUGUUCAUCCAACAGAUGAAGAGACGCCUUUAUUAGGAGGUCGGCAGGAUAGUGAAGACGGGGCUACCGACGAGGGUACUCAGUUGACGAAGAGUGUCAUGGUGAUACUCCUUCUCGGCGAAUUGCUCUCCCACGCCGAUACAACACUCAUCUUUGCCGCCGCACCACAAAUUGCGUCGGAACUGGGCAGUCUUCGCGGCAUCGGGUGGCUUGCCACAUCGUACACACUAGGUGUAUGUUCGAUGCAACCUCUCUACGGGAGGCUCAGCGACAUAUUCGGCAGGAAACAUAUGCUACUGUUUGCAUAUGCUGUCCUCUCGGUGGGAUGCAUUCUUUGCGGCCUGAGUCAGAGUCUCGUACAGAUCAUCGUCUCCCGCGCCAUCAGCGGCAUUGGCGGUGCUGGCGUUAUGACCAUGGCAUCGAUCAUCAUCACCGACUCGGUUCCAAGGAGCAAGUUUGCCACAUACAGGUCGUACAUCAACCUUGCCACGACGCUUGGGAGGAGUAUUGGUGGGCCCAUUGGCGGCUUCAUCGCUGACUCGAUGGGUUGGCACUGGCUUUUCUGGUGUCGCCUUCCCUUCUUUGCACUCUCAGUCGCCCUCAUCCUCACUUCUUUGAAGGACGAAAAAUAUAGCGAUACUAAGCAGACAGACAACUCUGAUGAAUCUCUUUCGCCUAGUUCUUUCCGCCAAAAGUGGGCCAAGGUUGAUGUUAAAGGGGCACUGCUGUUGACCAAGACUAUUGUGUCCCUCAUCCUGCUACUCGACACAGUUGAGGAUCAUCUUGGAACCCCGCAGUUCUGGCUUCUGUUGGUGUCGGUACUUACGUUUGGCCAGCUGUUUGUAUUUGUCGAAAUCUUCGGUACCAAUUCGCCAAUUUUCAACCUGCGGAUUCUGGCGAAGCGCAACGUGGCACUGUCAUACCUAGUCGACUACCUACAAGUCUUCUCGCAGGUCGGCAUGAUGUUCUCUGUGCCCUUGUACUUUCAGGUCACACAGAGGGCGUCUGCAGCGAAAAGCGGUGCCCACAUUGUCCCGGCUGUGAUUGCCAACACGAUCGGUGCCCUUGCGUCGGGAAAGAUGCUGCAGGCUACGCAUCGCCACAAGAUUAUUCUGGUCUUGGUCGGGCUGCUUGGAGCCACCUCCUAUAUCCUAAUCUGGGCCCGCUGGAAUGGCGACACUCACUUCUGGGAGUCCCUGUACGUUAUUGCUGGCGGAUUUGCUACGGGUGUAGCUCAGUCCGCCUCUUUUGUCACUAUGUCGUCGCAUCUCGAGAAGCAAGAGGUGGCAAUGGCUACGGGUGGUUUCUUCCUUGCCUCCAGCCUAGGUACAGUCACUGCUGUUACGACAGUUAAUGUGCUUCUUCAGUCAUUCUUCACCCGAAGACUGGAUACCGUCGUGGACAUUCCGAAUAAAGAAGAGCUUAUUAAAAAAGUAACUUCUAAUAUUGACAACAUAUCAAAGCUGACUGGAGAGCUGCGCAAUCUUGUGGUUGGUGCGUUUGUUGGAUCACUCAAGACCACAUAUAGUAAGGCUUCACGAGGAAUUGAGAGUUGA